AGUCUAGCAACUCCAACAAUUUACAUACAGAUAUCAUUUGCACUCUCAAACUAUGGCGCCGCAAAAAAAAUUUACUUGGAAGGAACUGAUUUCUUUGAAUAAGGAGGACAAUGCACAUGUUGCGGUUCGCGGAAAGGUAUACGAUGUGAGUAAGUUUCUCAACCGACAUCCUGGUGGGAAAGAUAUGCUACUUAUUGGAGCAGGAAGCGAUGUUACCAUUGUGUUCGAAACUUACCACGCUUUCAGCGACUCGGUUUCGAAGGUUUUGGAAAAAUAUUAUGUUGGAGACCUAAUCUCAGAUGAAUUUCCCACUUUUCCUGAGCGGGGGCCCUUUUACCAAACUGUGAGGGAGCGUGUCAAAAACUACUUCAAGGAGACAAAUCAGGAUCCCAAGUUCUCAGGGUGGAUGUGGUUACGUUACAUUGGAAUUCCAGCUGUUUUACUUCUUAUGUGGAGUGCGCAGAUGUUCUGGCUGUCCCACAACUUUUUCUUGUCAUGCAUUGCUGCUGCUUUCAUGGGAUGGAUGUGUGCUUUGAUUGGAUUGGUGAAUAACCAUGACUCGAGUCACUGUGCUGUGACCAGUCACCCCACACUCUGGAGACUUGUUGGUCACGUUCAUGACUUUUUAAAUGGAGCAUCAUUCUAUAUUUGGAUUUAUCAGCAUGUUUUUGGUCAUCACCCAUACACUAACAUUGAUGGUAUGGAUCCUGAUAUUGUUACCUCUGAGGAUGAAGCAGAUAUAAGACGGAUUAAAUGGACUCAAAAGUGGGUACCUCGUUACGUGUAUCAACAUGUCUAUGUGCCUCUUGUUUACUGUUUGCUAGGUCUCAAAACUAGGAUUCAGGAUGUUACUAUAUUAUUCUUCAUAAAGAAAAACGGUGUUAUUCGAAUAAAUCCUCCAUCCAGUUCACAGUUAACUGUAUUUAUUAGUGGCAAGCUGUUCUUCCUUCUGUACAGAGUGGUCAUUCCUUGUUUUUUGCUCUCAAUUUGGAAAGUGAUCGUGCUUUUUAUUAUCGCGGACAUGGUUUCAAGCUAUUGGUUAGCGCUGACGUUUCAAGCAUCCCACGUAGUGAGCGAGGUGGAUUGGGUCGAGCCAGGAAAGGAUGGGAAAAUGACCGAAGACUGGGCUGAGCUCCAGAUACAGACAACCCAAGACUAUGCAACUGACAGCUGGUUUUUCAACGUGUUUACAGGAGCCUUAAACCAUCAGACGACACACCACCUGUUCCCAGGCGUCAGUCAGAUAUACUAUCCUCAGAUUACUCCCAUUGUCCGUAAAACGUGUAAGGAGUUUGGAGUGAGGUACAAUUACAAGGAGACAUUCUUCCAAGCGCUUGGGUCGCAUAUCAACCAUCUCAAGACAUUGGGGCAGGAAAGAGAAAAACCAACAUUUGCUUGCUCAAGGAAUGACUGAUUUUGAUGACUAGCUCUCGGAAGAACGUUUAAUGUUUCUUGGAAUCCCUAGAAGUUUCAAGAGCUGUUCUGUUGUCUUUGCUUUCACCGAGUUCGUCUUAUAGGGAAGUUGUGGCCGUCCUUUCCAUAAAGGCCUUUUUGCUCAAGCCUAACAUUCCUUUCUAUUUUAUCGUUAAAGCCGGUUACCGUCGUAGAAUUGUUGAACGGAACUUCGUGAGAUUCAUCGAUGUUGAAUUUAUCACGUGGAGAUCAACCCAGGGGUUGGUCUCCAGGUGGGGCAGGUGAAGCUAGUCAUCAACAAUACUCCGAUAAGGAAGUAUCCAUGGUAACCCUGUCAGCGGUUACCAUCAAAUCAAAGUUUCACUGGACCAGUUUGUUAUGGUGUCAGAAGAAUCUCUAGCACUCCUUGUACAGUUGACGCUUUCUUUAUUUCCUCUCUUAAAGACUCAAUAUAACGUACUAGCUCGAGGACUAACUUUACCCUCUCUAGGAAAGUGAUGGCCUCUAGCUUAUAAAGGUGGGAGUUAUCUAGCUGUCAAUAUUUGACCAACGUUACUGUUUCUCACUUAGUUAGCGAAUCAUGUUGAGUUACGUAAAACAGUUUACGCAUACUAAGUAUGUACCUGCUGUUUGUUGAUUCUUUCCAAAACGUCUUUUGACCUAAAAUUCCAUACUUUUGCGGAUUGGCCAAAACAAAAACAAGAUUGAUAAUAAGAAUAUUAUGACUGACCUAUUGUACAGAUUAGAAUUACACUUAAAAGGAUGACUAAAGAGAAAAUAGCCCUUGAAGUUUGUUACAUAACAGCGAUUAACAGAGAAUUUGAGGAAGAAAGGGCGAACCCAAGGUACCGCCCCCAAAAGAACCACUUGUCGUUCAUAUGAGUUACUGAUUAUAAACUCAGCGUGGAAGAUGAAAAGUACGGGUUGUUUACACUCUAAGUCAUCUUACAGAAAGAGUUGUUGAACGUGCUAAAUUCAAAAUUAAGAAUUAUUUUCUUGAUUGGGAGUUCGACAUGAAAUUAAUCUAAAAACGAGCCUGAAAAGAAUUGAAAGAAAAAGAAGGAGGAAUUACCAGGAAAUUCCAGUACGAGAUUAACUUUUACCCGAUCAAAUUACUCUCAUAUUCAUCAAGCGGAUUAUCAUAAUUGAAUUAAAUCUUAUUGCAAGAUGAUUUAAAUAUUUUACCGCAAGUUCCAAUUACCGUAGAAACUGAACAUCUACUUUCAUGUCAAACUCGCGAUAAGAGAAAAUGCGAUAAUCGCCAACGGCCUGAUACAAUCAUUGUGGAGUUAAAUGGACUAUUUUCUCCCGGAAAGAAAAGAUAACAACUACUCUACUUACAAAGUAAGAUCUCCAUCGAAAUAGGAAAUUAUCAACUGCCUACAAUAUUUUUUUAACUGAAUGUCUUAUGCUAAUAUGCUAUUUGCACUCAUAUUCCCAACACCAAGACACGGUUUUGAAAACUUCCUUAGUAAACUAAAGGGGUAAACGGAUUAGUUAAAAAAAGUCUCUUUAUCACUAGGUUGUGGAUGCUGUAUUUAGCACUGAAUAUGUUGUAGAUACUUAACUUCUAGGGAAUAACGGUAUUUUAUCUGUAUGUGUGUGUGAGUUGUCAAAAAUUAGAUCAUUGUCGUGUGAUUGACGAGUGUCGUUUAUAAAGUGUUUCAUUUCUUUUUUUUACACACCUUGCGGUGCUUAAAAACAGAGAUUCUGGGUAUUCAAAUCUUCUAUACAUUCAUCUUUUUCCAUUAUCAGAAUUAAACUGAAGCGUAGUGAUUUAAA